AUGGAGACACUGGAAGGAGCUGAACUCUGCUUUCCACAACUACUCAACACCUCCUGCAGGAAGCCGACGCAGCAUCGUACCGAGACCAUAUUCCUUUACGUCUUUAUGUCUUCCAUGUCUUUGCUCACUGUGGCUCUCAACCUGCUGGUCAUCAUCUCUAUCUCCCAUUUCAGGCAGCUCCACAGCCCCACCAACCUCCUCCUCCUCUCCCUGGCUGUCUCAGACUUCCUUGUUGGCCUCCUGCUGAUGCCGGUUCAAAUCCUCAUUUUAGGGGGUUGCUGGUUUUUGGGGAUCUUGAUUUGUGGACUGUUUUACUACACCGCCUUUAUCCUUACAUCUGUCUCAGUAGGAAACAUGGUCCUUAUAUCAGUUGACCGAUAUGUGGCUAUUUGUGACCCUAUGAUUUACCCCACCAGAGUGACCCACAAAAAAGUUAAAAUCAGCAUUUGCCUGUGCUGGAUUUGCUCUGUUUUCUAUAAUGGUGUGAUGCUGAUGGAUUUCCUGAAACAUCCAGGUCAAUAUAAUUCCUGCUACGGAGAGUGUGUGGUUGUAAUCGACUUCAUAAAAGGAGCUGUUGAUGUCUCGCUGACCUUUGUUGGCCCCAUUGCUGUCAUCAUAGUUCUGUACAUGAGAGUGUUUGUGGUGGCUGUGUCUCAGGCUCGAGCCAUGAGGUCUCAUAUUGCAGCUGUUACACUCCAGGGUUCGGUUACAGUGACCGCUAAGAAAUCGGAGAGAAAAGCAGCCAGGACUCUUGGCAUUGUCGUGGUUGUGUUUUUAAUAUGUUUCUGUCCUUAUUUUUAUCCCUCUUUUGCGAGCCAGGAGAUGUCAACAACUGUGUUGUUUUCAAUUUUUGUGGUCUGGCUAUUUUAUUUUAACUCCUGUCUAAACCCUGUGGUAUAUGCUUUUUUCUACCCCUGGUUUAGGAGAUCUAUUAAACUCAUUGUCACACUUAAGAUACUGCAGCCUGACUCCUGUGAUGCCAACAUAAUGUAG